UAUGAUUUGGUGCAACAAAUUCCACAAAAUAAAAAACAACUAUGUCAUCAAAAUCCCUAACCCUUCUCUUAUUACUACUGCUACUCUUCUUCUUCUUCUUCUACUCUGGUAAGAGCGACGUCGAAUUAAACUACUAUUCCGAGAAAUGCCCGAAAGCAGAAGAGAUAGUGAAGGAAGAAGUGACGAAAUUGUACCAUAAACAUGGCAACACAGCUGUUUCUUGGCUUAGAAACCUCUUCCAUGACUGCUUUGUCAAGUCUUGCGAUGCAUCCCUUCUUCUCGACGGGGUCCAAUCGGAGAAAACUUCUCCAAAAAGUUUUGGAAUGAGGAAUUUUAAGUACAUAAACACAAUCAAGAAAGCCCUCGAGGACGAAUGCCCCAUGACGGUUUCUUGCGCUGACAUUGUCGCCCUCGCCGCAAGGGACGGCGCCGUUUUGUUGGGAGGCCCGUAUAUAGCGAUGAAGACCGGUCGAAGGGAUAGCAGAGAAAGCCAUUGGUCCGAAGUCGAAAGCUCCAUCCCUAAUCACAAUGACACCAUGCCUAAAAUCCUUUUGGCAUUUCAAUCUAUCGGUAUCGACACGGAAGGCGCCGUCGCCUUACUCGGCGCACACUCGGUGGGACGGGUUCAUUGCACCAACAUAGUUCAUCGACUCUAUCCGACCGUCGAUUCAACGUUGGACCCUAAUUACGCGGAAUAUCUCAAGGUGCGCUGCCCCUCGCCCGAACCGGACCCUAAGGCCGUCGAGUACGCAAGAAACGACCGUGCAACGCCGAUGGUACUUGACAACAUGUAUUACAAGAAUAUUUUGAACAACAAAGGACUGAUGAUCGUCGAUCAACAACUGGUUUCUGAGCCCACAACUUAUCCAUUUGUGAAGAAGAUGGCUGAUGAUAAUGAAUACUUCCAUGAACAAUUCUCAAGGGCUUUGAUCAUUUUGUCUGAAAAUAAUCCACUUGAUGAAGAACAUGGAGACAUAAGAAAAGAUUGUAGGUUUUUGAAUAACCUUUGAUGAAAUGAAGUUUUGGGAUAUUUGUAAGAAAGUUGUGAAAUGGGCUUUCUAUUAAUGUUGGAGAAUUUGGGCCUAAACUUGUGUUUGUUUUCAGGUUUGGAUUUUGAGUUGGGAUUUGAAUAGUAAAAAUUUUGAAUUUGAAU